GUCAACAAAUUGACAUAUACAGUAUCAUUGAAUGAUAAUGAAAAGUUGAGAUGUAUAAUCAACAAUCCAUCAUUGGCUUUGGCUGCCAGGCGUUAUUGCUGUGUCGGAUUCUUUGGAACUCGCUCCAACGACUAUUCAGCUGGUGCUGAUAUUUGCGAGAGUGAUCAAAUGCUCAUCAGUCAACUGGCUACAUUUCCAGGAGUGUUGGCCUAUGUCACUGUACACAAGGAUGCCCCAUUGCACCCGGAGCACAUGGUCAACAACAACCUAUUGGACUACGCCAACAUCGUCAUUAUGGAGGACUUUAGCACAGCUGAUGAAUGGAGAUUGAAUAGCUGUCAUGUGGAGGCUGUCCAAAAGUCAAGUCCACUGUAUUACCACUUUGUUCGAAUCAACAAUGCUCUGAUCACACUACCUCAAUCAUCCAUAUCCUCCCCCCGAUCGUCAUACUCACUGGAACCUAUGCCAAUAACAUUGAUUAGGUCCAAGUACUACUCAUUCAAAGAUGGAUCACUUGGAUGGCGAGGUAUUCGCACUUAUGGAGAGUUGGUGAUCACAUCAUUCCUGAGUCCAAGUGCCAACUCAUUCUUCCAAUUUGUUGUUGACAGCAUGUCCAGUGAACUUGGUAUCAACAUGAAGAUGGUUGACAUUUGGCAAUUGGUACCUCAGUCCAGAUGGUCCGAACCUCCACAUCUACUGAUGGAGGAGUUUGGUAUCGACUGUGCAUUCAUGUGUGGAUUGGUCUAUGUCAAGGGAUCACACUCACUCGAGCCAAUCUCUGCGCCAAUAUGUUCUGGAACAAGAUAUAAUAAUCAAUCAGUAUACUUCUCGGAUAUUAUAAUCAAGUCAUCCAACAAUGAUAGCAAUAACAUCAACUCAAUCAAAGAUCUUAAAGGAAGAACAUUCGCUUAUAAUGGAAAGGAAUCAUAUUCUGGAUAUCAUGUACUUAGACAUCAUGUUCAAAAGGUAGAAGGAUUCAAUGGCACACUGGAAGAGUACUUUGGCAACAACACAACAGCAUCUGGAUCACAUCUAAAGUCAAUCCAAAUGGUACUCAACAAUCAAUGUGAUACAGCUGCCAUAGAUAGCACAGUAUUAGAUGUAGAACUAUUAAAGAAUAAUGGAGAGUUGGCCAAGAAUAUUAGGAUUGUUGAUCAGAUUGGACCAUCACCUAUGCCUCCAUUGGUAACAAGAAAGGACACAAUGGCAUACUUCCAGAAGAGCAACAUACAGGCAUAUCUUCAACAGUUUGGUGAACGCCACAGUGAUGCUAUCCAAAGAUUUGGAUAUCUUGGCUUCAAAUCAGUUGAUCAAUCCACCUACGAUCCAAUC